UGUUUGCAGAUAGUGUCAGAAACGGGGCCAGUUUGAGGUGUCGUCGUGAGACUUUAUUUUCUCGGUUGCUCUGUUGCAUUAAAUAUUUUUUUAUUUUAUUUAUUAUUAUUAACAACAACACAAGUGUCUUUUUGAAACCAAUAACAUGGGUGAUAUGUGCCAAAGUUUAAUGGAAUGGUUUAAAACCCUUAACUUGCCAGCUCCACAUGAAACAGCCGAGGAAUUGUCAGAUGGUGUGGCAAUGGCCCAGGCCUUAAAUCAGUUCGCUCCUGAGUCAUUCACAGAUACAUGGCUUUCCAAAAUAAAAGUUGAAGUUGGCAUAAAUUGGCGUUUGAAAAUGAGCAACCUAAAGAAAGUCAUAGAGGCUUUAUACGAUUAUUAUGCCGACGUUUUAAACUAUUCUCUGGUGGAAUUUCCUAGACCUGAUGCUAUGCGAAUCGCAGAAAAAUAUGACACCGUUGAAUUGGAACGUCUGUUGCAGCUCAUAUUGGGAUGUGCUGUGAAUUGCUCUUCGAAACAGGACUAUAUACGUGAGAUAAUGCUUUUGGAGGAGUCAUUACAGGCCAAUAUCAUGAAAGCCCUCCAAGAACUUGAGUCUUCCUGCCAGGGAACUUCAAUGUCAAAGAACUCCUUGAAUAUUGCAAAUUUGGAUAACAAAAUGCUGCAAGAAGAUCGGGAUAGAUUGGCCCAAAAGUGUUUUGAACUGGACAAAAAGAUGACUAUUUUGGUUGAGGAGAACACCAAUCUACGAUCAGAGGUAUCUAAGCUACAAGAUGAUAUUAAGAAAUUGGAAUCGGCUCCGGUAAUUGGAGAUGAUGGAGUUUCGCUGGGUCCAGUGAACACUGGAUCAACCCGAUAUCAUGAUAUGCGUAAACAAUUGGAUCAAAUGAAGGAGGAGCUAUUGCAGUCGGAAACGGCACGCGAAGAUCUACGCAUAAAAUCUCAAGAACAAGAGUCGGAAAUUCAACUACUACAACAACGUGUAGAAGAGUUGAACAAAGUCAAUUCUGAGUUUAUAAAACUGAAAGAUGAAAUUGAUGUUCUGAGGGAGACAAAUGAAAAGUUAAAAGUUUGUGAAACUCAAGUGAAGACAUACAAGAAAAAACUUGAAGACUAUACCGAUUUAAAGAAGCAAUUAAAAAUGUUGGACGAACGUAGUGCUGAAUAUUUACAGCAAAAUGCCCAGUUCGAAGAAGAUGCCAAAAAAUGUGCAGCUCUCAAGGGACAAAUCGAUUUGUAUAAAAAAGAAGUCCAGGAUUUGCACACGAAACUGGAAAAGGAAAUAAGCAAUAAUCUGAAAUUGGAGUUUGAAAGCAAAGCUAUGGAGGAAACAAUAUUUUCACUGCAACAGGCCAAAGAAGGGCUGCUGAAGGAAAGAAACAGCUUGAGGGAGGCCUUGGACGAAUUAAGAUGCGGCCAUCUUUCAACCGACUCCGGUGAUGUUACCACAACAAUGUCCAAUGAAUUGCAGCCUUCUGUAUUGAAUGAACGUGUACGAAGACUUGAAAUCGAAAACAAGGCACUGCGCGAAGGCCAAGGAGGCCAGACGGCACUAAUGCAACUGCUAGAUGAUGCCAACAAAAGAAAUAACAAUUUGCGGGAACAACUAAAAGCAGCUACCGAGCGUAUUAUGUCACUUACCCAUUCUUCUGGCGGCGAUGAGGGUACCAAUAAAGCUGGCAAUGCCUCGACGGAGGAAGUAAAACAACUUCUCGAACUGAACGAACAAAAAUCCAGUCAGGUUGAAGAAUAUGCCAAUCAAAAUGCUGGACUUCAGAAUAAAGUUUCCCAACUCGAAGCUGCCCUUGCGGCAAAGGAUCAAGAGUUGUUGGGUCUGGAGACAAAAUAUCGCAAAUGUGUCGAAAGGGCAAAGGAUGUUAUCAAGAAUAUGGAUCCAAGAGCACUAAAUGAGGUGAACUUGGUUGAUAAUAUCCAAGAUUUCACAGACGAUAAGAAGCUUCAAUUUUCUUCAGUUGAGGAGAAUUUAGUGGCGACAGCUUUCUAUAGAUUAGCCAAUAAUACACAGCGUGAUAUAAUUGAUGCCAAACUGGCAAUGCUAUUGGGCCAAGGACAAACAUUUCUGUCACGUCAACGGCAAUCGGGUCCACGUAAACAAUUAACAUCUACAAUUAAAAUGAAAUAAUAUCCCUGUGGCACCUACACCUCUCACAUAGUAUACAUAAUGUAUAGCUCUAUAUGCAAAUAAAUAUUUAUAGUUAUUACAUAUAUACAUAUAUUUAAAAGAAAUAAAAAGUAUUCUUCGUGCAAAAGAAUGAUUGGACCACAACAUCUAA